AUGUUGCGUGCUACUUCACUUGUUUCCCGAUUAGCCUCUCGAAACUUCUCCAUAUCAGCGUCGAGGUCAACCGAGCAGCCCACUAAGAAGGAAGUUGAAGCCUUGUUUGCGGAUAAUGCGGACAGCGCGCCACAAGAGCGGAGAGGGAAUGCUUACAGCUUGAACAGAGUGGAGAUAAUUGGCGGUGUCGCUAAUGAUCCCGUAUUCAAGACGGCUAGAAAUGAUCGGCCAUACGCUAUGCUUAACGUUAUUACGAAUUCAAGGCAACGCCUAGCCAAUGGAGAAUAUAGAGAGCAG